AUGGCGAACUCAGCCUUGGUCGGCUUCUGCGGCAACUUUCGGCGGCACACGGACCGCCAGGAAGGGAGUCACCUGGCUCACCUAUUGGAUCCGGACCGGGGACGGCUGCCCCUUCGUGAGGUCGGCCGCUGCGAGCAGCUCCAGGAGCUUGCUCAGAAAUAUGGAGGCGACAGUUUCAGCGAGGUGCUCUCGCUGUACCUGCUGAGCAUGCAGGCAAACGUGCGCAGUGAGACCGUGCGUCACCUGGAGAUGGCAUGA